AUGGCGCUCCUCUUUUUGAGAAAGAAGCUGUUUCCCGCACCAGAGCAGGACAAAAUACACAGUAAACCUCUCCUCGGACGCACUGACGACCAAGACACCAUUCGUGGAGACGCGGGCGCGGAUCUCGAGUCCCAGCGCUCAUAUGAUACCUUUGGGCGCUGUGUGAGCCACGAUGGAUCGACCGGCAGCGGGUCGCAGCGCUCCCGCAUCAACCCUCGCAUUAUCUCUGACGCCAUUCUCGGUCUCUCCGAUGGACUGACUGUGCCCUUUGCCCUUUCGGCGGGCCUCUCUGCCCUGGGCAAUACCAAGGUCGUUGUGUUGGGCGGCCUGGCCGAACUCGCGGCGGGUGCCAUUUCAAUGGGCUUGGGUGGUUAUGUGGGAGCGAAGAGUGAAGCUGAAUCGUAUGAAGCCACCGUACGGGAAACAAAAGAGCUGAUUGACAGCGAUCCAUCCGCCACUUACAACAUUGUUCGCGACACCUUUACCCCCUUUGGUCUCUCUCCAUCGGUCAUUGACGAGAUCACACGGGACCUGCACGCCUCAUAUGACCGUCUCCUCGAGUUCCUCCUCACCUUUCACCAUGGCGAGUCGGCGCCCGACUGCAACCAAGCGUGGAUCAGCGCGCUGACCCUGGCGGUGGGGUACUUUGUGGGCGGAUUCAUCCCGCUGAUUCCGUACUUUAUUGCCUCGCAGGUGCUGGUGGCUCUGUACUGGAGCAUUGGCGUCAUGGGAGUGACGUUGUUGGUCUUUGGAUAUGUCAAGACGUGUGUGGUGAGGGGUUGGACCGGGCGAGAUAAUGUGGUUGCUGCCAUCUGGGGAGGUGUGCAGAUGGUCUUUGUCGGGGGAGUCGCUGCUGGAGCGGCGAUUGCUCUGGUCCGUCUGAUCGAUACCGGAGGUGCAUGA